ACUUCCUGCUCUGUGUGUGAGUGUGUGUCAGCCACUUUUUACUUUCACUUCCUCCCGCGUUGUGACACAGAUGUCUCCUCCAGGUUAAACUUUUGGGACAAAAGAUGGCAACGCCUCAAGAGGUCGUCUUAAGAACUUUAGAAGACUUGGGAGCUGAGGAUUUUCAAACAUUUCAGUGGUACCUACAGCUGAAUGGGGGCCUUGAAGGCUUCCCAGCAAUCGCAAAGAGCAAACUGGAGAAUGUAAACAGGGUGAAGACAGUGGACCUGAUGUUCUCAACCUACAGUAUGAACACCAUUAAAGUGACCAAAAUAGUUUUAGUGAAGAUCAAUCGAAAUGAUCUAGUGGAGAAUUUAUCAAACACCAUCUCAGAACCUGCAGAUAUUCUUGCUGCAUGCCAGCGAAACGUCAAAUCCAAGUCACAAAAGAAGUUCCAGUGUGUGCUUGAGGGGAUUGCUAAAGCUGGAAACAAAACCCUUCUGAAUAAGAUCUUCACAAAGAUCCACAUAACAAAGGGGGGGACCGCAGAAGUCAAUGAUGAACAUGAGGUCAGACAGAUUGAAACAGCUUCCUGGAGACCAGACAGACCGGAAACAACAAUCGGAUGUGAAGACAUCUUAAAAACCCCACCUGGAAGAGAUGAACCAAUCAGAACAGUGAUGACUAUGGGAGUGGCUGGCAUUGGGAAAACCGUCUUAACGCAGAAGUUCACUUUGGACUGGGCUGAAGGCAAAGCCAACCAGGACAUCCAGUUCACAUUUACAUUCACUUUCAGGGAGCUGAAUGGGCUGAUAAAGAAAAAGUUCAGCUUGGUGGAACUUGUUCAUCGCUUCUUUAGUGAAACCAAAGAAGCAGGAAUCUGCAGGUUUGAAGAGUUCCAGGUUGUGUUCAUCUUUGAUGGACUGGAUGAGUGCCGACUUCCUCUGAAUUUCCACAACACUGAGAUCCUGACUGAUGUUACAGAGUCCACCUCAGUGGAUGUGCUGCUGACAAACCUCAUCAGGGGUGAACUGCUUCCCUCUGCUCGCCUCUGGAUAACCACACGGCCUGCAGCAGCCAGUCAGAUCCCUCCUGAGUGUGUUGACAUGGUGACAGAGGUCAGAGGGUUCACUGACCCACAGAAGGAGGAGUACUUCAGGAAGAGAUUCACAGAUAAGGAUCAGGCCAGCAGAGUAAUCUCCCACAUCACAUCUCCUGCAUCACGAAGCCUCCACAUCAUGUGCCACAUCCCAGUCUUCUGCUGGAUCACUGCUACAGUUCUGGAGAAGGUGUUGGAACCCAGAGAGGGAGGAGAGCUGCCCAAGACCCUGACUGAGAUGUACAUCCACUUCCUAGUGGUUCAGUCCAAACGGAAGAAUGUAAAGUAUGAUGGAGGAACCGAGACAGAUCCACACUGGAGUCGAGAGAGCAGGAAGAUGAUUGAGUGUCUGGGAAAACUGGCUUUUGAGCAGCUGCAGAAAGGCCACCUGAUCUUCUAUGAAUCAGACCUGACAGAGUGUGGCAUUGAUAUCACAGAAGCCUCAGUGUACUCAGGAGUGUUCACACAGAUCUUUAAAGAGGAGAGAGGACUGUACCAGGACAAGGUGUUCUGCUUCAUCCAUCUGAGUGUUCAGGAGUUUCUGGCUGCUCUUCAUGUCCAUCUGACAUUCACCAACUCUGGAGUCAACCUGCUUGCAGAAGCAGAAUCAUCCAUUUGGUUUCAACAAGAUUUCUACCCAAAUGCUGUGGACAAGGCCUUACGGAGUCCAAAUGGACACCUAGACUUGUUCCUCCGCUUCCUCCUGGGUCUUUCACUGGAGACUAAUCAAACUCUACUGCGAGGUAUGAUGACACAGACACGAAGUAGCUCCUGGACCAAUUGGAAAACAGUUGAGUACAUCAAGAAGAAGAUUAAUGAGGAUCUGUCUGCAGAGAGAAGCAUCAAUCUGUUCCACUGUCUGAAUGAACUGAAUGAUCGUUCUCUAGUGGAGGAGAUCCAACAGUCCCUGAUUUCAGGAAGUCUCUCCACAGGUAAACUAUCUCCUGCUCAGUGGUCAGCUCUGGUCUUCAUCUUACUGUCAUCACAAAACGACCUGGACGUGUUUGACCUGAAGAAAUACUUUGCUUCAGAGGAGGCUCUUCUUAGGCUGCUGCCAGUGGUCAAAGCCUCCAACAAAGCUCUACUGAGUGGCUGUAACCUGUCAGAGAGAAGCUGUGAAGCUCUGUCCUCAGUUCUCAGCUCCCAGUCCUCUAGUCUGAGAGAGCUGGACCUGAGUAACAACAACCUGAAGGAUUUAGGAGGGAAGCUGGUGUCUGCUGGACUGAAAAGUCCACGCUGCAGACUGGAAACUCUAAGACUGAGUGGCUGUAACCUGUCAAAGAGAAGCUGUGAAGCUCUGUCCUUAGUUCUCAGCUCCCAGUCCUCUAGUCUGAGAGAGCUGGUCCUGAGUAACAACGACCUGAAGGAUUCAGGAGUGAAGAUGGUGUCUUGUGGCCUGAAGAGUCCACAUUGCAGACUGCAAACUCUCAGACUGAGUGACUGUAACCUGUCAGAGAGAAGCUGUGAAGUUCUGUCCUCAGUUUUAAGAUCCAGGUCCUCUAGUCUGAGAGAGCUGGUCCUGAGUAACAACGACCUGAAGGAUUCAGGAGUGAAGAUGGUGUCUUGUGGUCUGAAGAGUCCACACUGCAGACUGGAAACUCUCAGUCUGUCAGGCUGUCUGGUCAAAGAGGAAAGCUGUACUUCUCUGGUCUCAGCUCUAAGCUCCAACCCCUCCCAUCUGAGGGAGCUGGACCUGAGCUACAAUCAUCCAGGAGACUCAGGAGUAAAGCUGUUGUCUGCUAGACUGGAGGAUCCAAACUGGAGACUGGACACUCUCAGGGUGGACCCUAGUGGACCACAGUGGUUGAAACCAGGUCUGAGGAAGUAUGUCUGUGAACUGGAACUGGAUACAAACACAGUGAACAGAUACCUCAAACUGUCUGACAACAACAGGAAAGUGACACGUGUGAGAGAGGAUCAGUCAUAUCCUGAUCAUCCAGACAGAUUUGACUGGUGGUCUCAGCUGCUGUGUAGAGAUGGUCUGACUGGUCGCUGUUACUGGGAGGUCGAAUGCAGAGGACUGUUUUUUGUAUCAGUGAGUUACAGAGGAAUCAGAAAGAGAGGAGACAGUAAAGACUGUUUGUUUGGAGGGAAUGAUCAGUCCUGGUGUUUGGACCGCUCAGAUAGUGGAUACUUUGUCUGGCACCAUAACAAAGAAAAAUACAUCCCCUCCUCCUCCUCCUCUGUCUCUGGUAGAGUAGCAGUGUAUGUGGACUGUCCUGCUGGCAUUCUGUCCUUCUACAUAGUCUCCUCUGACACACUGAUCCACAUCUACACCUUCAACACCACAUUCACUGAACCUCUUUAUCCUGGGUUUGGUGUCUGGAAACCUGGUUCCUCUGUGACUCUGUGUCCUCUGCAGGAAUGAGAGUCUCUCCUGUGGACAGAGACACUGACUGAGCAUCAACUGCUGAAAUCAAAGUUCAGUCUGUUUACCAUCACACACACUCUGCACUGAGAAGCACAUCUCAGACUCAAACACAAAACAUUCAUUUGUCUGAGCAACAUUUUUAAACUAUAUUUUGUGAUGUUUAAUCAAAUCUUUACUUUCCAUCUUGAGGUCAAUCUUUUUUUUUAUUUGAUCACUUGUAUGAUUUCUGUAAUCAGUUGACUCUCUUUACUGAGUUUCAACACAUUUCAGUCAGGAGAGACUUCGUUACAGAUAUGCAAAGAUUAAUUGUACAUAAUAUGAAAUGUACAGUCUUUGGAGAUUAGACUCCAUCGUUUUAAAAUAAUUUUUGAAAGGGGUAGAGAAGCCAAGACAUAUUCCCCCUGAUGGAGUCUAGACACUGGUGGCGGCAGCGAAGGAGCCCGAAGACCAGACCAAAGGAGUCGACGGAGCGUUCUGCUGGAGGAAGACCCAGGGAGCCGCGUGUGAUUGUGACUGGAGGUGGAAGGGGAGGAGGAAGGUUGCACGCUUUGCCUGAAAUGACAGCUGACAGCAGCAGAGAGAGAAACAGAUUUAAAGCAGGGAUGUCAUGCUGUGAUUGGAUCAUGAAUUUCGUGGCCAAUUCUGGUUGGUUUACUGAAAAGUGAACGCCUUCUAAACAGCUGAAUAGGUUUAGUAAGAAAGAGCGGUGAUUGAAGUUAUUAGAAGUCUUCCUGAAAGAAUUUGCGCUGAGCUUCAUUAGACAUCAUCAGGAUUCAGCCUGAAGUGUUUCUCCUCCCUCCAUUGUCGCAGUGUCCUCAGGUUUAGAGGACAAGCAGCUCCUGUGAUGCUGGUAGGGAGGAUG